GGGAGGGUGGGGCUGCUCCUGAGAUCAUCAGGAGACACGGGCGCCGGCCGCCUAGACAGUGACAGAGCUGUGGCAGGGAGCAGACCGUCACCCAGCUCUGUGCCUCCAGUUGACUCAAAUGUGCCAUGUUCCCGCACCUGCUUCUCCCACUCGUGACCCUCGCCCUCAGCCCCAUCCCAGGAGCUUCCCAGGAUCCAGCUGCAAGUCCUGCUCAGGAAGAACCUGGAGAUCUGGACUGUGGUCGCCCUGACCCCUCUGCCAGAAUCGUGGGGGGCUCAGACGCGCAGCCGGGCCGCUGGCCGUGGCAGGUGAGCCUGCACCACAGCGGGGUGCACAUCUGCGGGGGCUCCCUCAUCGCCCCCUCCUGGGUCCUCUCCGCCGCUCACUGUUUCGUGUGGAAGAAGGAUGGAGAGGAGCAGGAGACGAUGACUGGUUUUGGAUGUGACCCCCUGCCUCUCCCCUGGGUGCUGCAAGAGGUGGAGCUAAAGCUGCUGGGAGAAGCUGCCUGUCAGUGUCUCUACAGCCGGCCUGGCCCCUUCAACCUCACUCUCCAGCUCUUGCCAGGCAUGCUGUGUGCUGGCUACCCAGAGGGCCGCAAGGACACCUGCCAGGGAGACUCGGGGGGACCCCUGGUCUGUGAGGAACAAGGACGGUGGUUCCUGGCGGGAAUCACCAGCUUUGGCUUUGGCUGUGCACGAAGGAACCGCCCUGGAGUCUUCACUGCGGUGGCUCCCUACGAGGCAUGGAUCCGGGAAAAGGUGAUGGGCCCGGAGCCUGGGCCCGCCUUUCCCCCGCAGUCCCGGGGGCCCCAAUCCGGCCCCCAGGAGCCCAUGGAUGAGAACUGCACCAUCGCCCUGCCAGAGUGUGGGAAGGCCCCGAGGCCCGGGGCCUGGCCCUGGGAGGCUCAGGUGAUGGUGCCGGGAUACAGACCCUGCCAUGGGGCGCUGGUGUCGGAAAGCUGGGUCUUGGCACCUGCCAGCUGCUUUCUGGACCCCAGCAGCUCGGACAUUAUUUAUGGAGCCUGGCCUGGAGGAAAGCCCUUUGAUACCCUCAUCAACUCUCUCGCACGCGCACACGCACACACACGCGCACGCACGCAGAGGUUGGUAACGCACACUCUCUCGCUGCAGAACGACUCCAGUUGGAGCCUUUUGUGCCGGGAGGAGGGGACCUGGUUCCUGGCUGGAAUCAGAGACUCCUCCAGUGGCUGCCUGCGUCCCAGAGCCUUCUACCCUCUUCAGACCCACGGCCCAUGGAUCAGCCAUGUGACUCGGGGGGCCUACCUAGAGGACCAGCUGACCUGGGACUGGGGCCCCGAGGGGGAGGAGACUGAGACACAGACUUGUCCUUCCCACACAGAACAUGGUGCCUGUGGCCUGCGGCGAGAGCCGGCCCCGGCGGGGCUCCUGUGGCCCUGGCUGGCAGAGGUGCAUGUGGCUGGCGAUCGAGUCUGCGCGGGGACCCUCGUGGCCCCCGGCUGGGUCCUGGCAGCCACUCACUGUGUCCUCAGGCCAGGCUCUACAACAGUGCCUUACAUUGAAGUGUACCUGGGCCGGGCCGGGGCCAGCCCCCUCCCACAGGGCCACCAGGUGUCCCGGUCGGUCAUCAGCAUCCGCCUGCCCCGGCACCUGGGACUUCGGCCCCCUCUGGCCCUCCUAGAGCUGAGCUCCCGGGUGGAGCCCUCCCCUUCAGCCUUGUCUAUCUGCCUUCACUCAGGGGGUGUCCCCCUGGGAAGCAGCUGCUGGGUGCUGGGCUGGAAGGACCCCCAGGACCGAGUCCCUGUGGCUGCUGCUGUCUCCAUCUUGACACCACGACUCUGUCACUGCCUCCAUGAGGGUAUUCUGCCCCCCGGGACUCUCUGUGUCCUGUAUGCAGAGGGGCAGGAAGACAGGUGUGAGGUGACCUCCGCACCUCCGCUCGUGUGCCAGAGUGAGGGAGGCUCCUGGGUCCUUGUGGGCAUGGCUGUUAGAGGGAGCCGGGAGCUGUUUGCCACCAUUGGCCCUGAAGAGGCCUGGAUCUCCCAGAUAGUGGGAGAGGCUCAUUUCUUGCCCCCCAGUGGCUCCCCCUACUGGCCCCCUGAAAGCAGCUACCUCUGUCCUCUGGACAUGGCUGGGGCCUCAGGCUCCCCUCCUGCUGCUCUGUUCCUGCUGCUACUACUGACCCCCCUGAUUCAGGGCUGAGGGGUCUGGCUCCCCGGACCACCUCCCCCCCUCCUUCCCCACCCCCUCCAGCCCUCUACUUCCUUCCCAGUGGGGUUGGAAUGUGACUUAACCGGCUUUCAGUCCCUUUGCCAGAACCUCCAGAGCUCCCCACCCACCUAGACUGCAAUGGCUUCAGAUAAUUGGGCCUCAGUGCCGGGAUAUUUUGUGCCCUGGAAUCCUUGGGGACGGCUCAUGCCGGCAAUAAAGGUGUAAACAAAGA